GAUGCCUUUGUGGUCAUACGAGGCGAUGUGAGCACUUCAGACUCUAGAGGUCUCCGUCCAGCAUGCAGCAACAUCCACCUAUCCAGAUUCUGCCUCUCACGUUCUAGUGCAGCGGACAAACGGUAUAGGAGAAGACCGCUCAGAGCCACGGAGACAGAGGGAACCUGAGGGAUGCACGCUUCCCGAACGAGAUAGAAAGAACGGGAACUUUGAUUUGACGCGAGGCUGAUAAAAUUACGAUAAUAUAGAGCUGCAUUCCUUAGUGAAGGGAUGCAUUGACAUUUCGAGUGUUCAAAAAUGAUGUCCUUGGUUCCCUGCUCAUUGUAGAUUAUAUUUAAUGUAUCUCUCCUAUUUCUGAUGUGCUACUUCAUUGUGACUGUACACUUGGGUCACCCGCAUGAAUUUUAAGGCAGCCGGAGCGCAUUGUUUCCAGCUUCGUUUCAUGGGAUUUCCAGUCGUGUCGGGUGCUGUGAUGUCUGCAACAUUUCGCUCUUUGUUUCUGGCGCUGCUGAGCCUGCUGACGGCUGGCGCCCAGACAGAAAUGAAGAGAGUUGUCGGAGACAACGCCACCCUGCCGUGCCACCAUCAGUUCUGGCAGUCCAACGCGCAGUUGCUCGACAUUGAGUGGCUACUGCAGAAGCCCAACUCCAAGCAGAGAGUGAUCAUUACGUUUUUCGGUGGCCAGGUGUACACCAAUGAGGUGACCAGUGAGGCCAGUCGUCUGUCUUUCGCAGGGGACUACCUGAAAGGAGACGCCUCCCUGCUCCUCAGUGACCUACAGCUGACGGACUCUGGAGAGUACUACUGCAAGGUCAAAACGGGGGGAAAGUACCACUGGAGCCAGGUUAACCUCAUAGUGCUGGUGAAGCCCUCUAAGCCACGAUGCUGGAUGGACGGCAGGCUGUUAGAGGGCAGUGACGUUAAACUGAGCUGCAAAUCCAGUGACGGCUCAGACCCUAUCAAAUACAAUUGGGGGAGGGUGCUGGAUAAGGGAAAGAGUGUUGGGAAACUCCCCCUACUGGCACUGAGAGAUCUGAAGAAUCCAGAGAUCGUCACCCUGCGGAACCUGACGAAGGACAGUACAGGUUUUUACAAGUGCACCGCCAGCAAUGAUGUGGGCGAGGAGAACUGCAUCAUCGAGGUCACCAUGCAGUAUGUUCGAGGGAUGGGCGUGCUGGCAGGUGCUGUGGUGGGCGUCUCCUUUGGUGUUCUCCUCAUCAUCCUUAUCAUCUGGCUCGUCUUCCGCAAGAAGGAGAAGAAGAAGUAUGAGGAGGAGGAGACUCCCAAUGAGAUCAGGGAGGAUGCAGAGGCUCCCAAGGCCAAACUGGUGAAGCCCAACUCCCUGUCCUCAUCCCGCUCUGGCAGCUCCCGCUCCGGGGCCUCCUCAACACAGUCCAUGGUGCACAACACCGCACCCCGCGGGCACCGACCUCGCCUCCCAGCCAUUGCUGCCCUUAAGGAGAACGGACAGCCCCCUGACUUCCCACAGUCCCCCCCCAGCCUACACCACAGUGGUACCACCCAACAAGGCCCCUGAGCCCCCCGGCACCCCCAAAUUCAACAUCAACUCCAGGAACCAGAUCUCUGGGCCAACUCCCCCAACUCUCAUGGUCCCUGCCCAGAACAAGGCCUUUCAAACUGUGUAGGAAGUAGAAGAGAGUCCAUCCUGGCUGUGUUGAAGCAUAAGACCCACCCCU